UGAGUUUAAAAACACACUCAAUCACUCUCUCUUCUAAACAUAAUCUUCUUCCCUUCACACACACAGCUAGCUCUCAAGGCAAGUGAUCUUCGUCAGAGAGGAAUUAAAACAUGGUAAACCUCGUAGCAGCACAGAGACCAUUAUUGCAUGGGCUGAUGAAGAUGGCCGGCAUAGCACCCUACACGGUGGAGAUAGAGCCAGGCACGGUCAUGACCUUCUGGGUUCCCGCCAACACCAUCUCUAAGCCCAAAAAGUCCCAUGAAACACCCCAAGUCAUCGCCAAGCCCGCCAAACCAGUGGUAGUGCUGGUUCACGGUUUCGCGGCGGAGGGAAUAGUGACGUGGCAGUUCCAGGUGGGUGCACUGACAAAAAAAUACGCGGUUUACGUGCCGGACCUGCUGUUCUUCGGGGGAUCGAGGACGGAUAAGCCGGACCGGUCGCCGGGGUUUCAAGCGGAGUGUUUGGUGAGAGCGUUAAGGAAGCUUGGGGUGGAGGAGUGUGUGGUGGUCGGGUUUAGCUAUGGAGGGAUGGUGGGGUUUAAGAUGGCGGAGACGUGGCCGGAGAUGGUGAGAGGGAUGGUGAUAUCGGGUUCCAUUUUGGCCAUGACGGAUUCGAUCAGUGAAAGCACGUUGAAGGAGCUUGGUUUCUCGUCGUCGUCGGAGCUCUUGUUGCCUACUUCCGUCAAGGGACUCAAGGCGCUCUUGUCUGUAGCUACUUACAAGAAGCUCUGGUUCCCUGAUCGCCUCCAUAAAGACUUUCUUGAGGUGAUGUUCACAAACAGGAAAGAGAGAGGUGAGCUGUUGGAGGGCCUAGUCAUAAGCAACAAAGACAUGACUAUUCCAAAAUUUCCUCAGAGAAUUCAUCUUUUGUGGGGGGAGAAUGAUCAGAUCUUCAAAGUGGAGCUGGCGCACAACAUGAAAGAGCAAGUGGGGGAGAAUGUAACGUUGGAAGGGAUAAAGAAGGGAGGCCAUCUGGUUCACUUGGAGAGACCCUGCGUCUACAACAGGUGCCUCAAGCAGUUCCUUUCUUCUCUCCAGCUUCCCUCUCCAAAAUAAUCCUUCAACUCUCUUCUACUGUGUCUGCUAUUCUCUUCAUGUACCUUUUUUUUAUUGUAGUUCACUGGCUUAGCUUGUUUCCACUUAUAAUUCUAUAUUACUCCUCCAAUUUCUAUUAUAAAUGAUAAAAACAUACCCACGACUUUACAUUGAAUAAAAA